AGUUCGCGCUAUUUUUGCGUUAGGUACGAAUUGACAGUUGGCCGCAACAGACGCAUAGAACGAAAUUCAUUUUUAUACAUUUAGUUACAUAGAGCAGAUUCGGAGUCAACGUGAUUCAAUUCGAUUUGGCAUUCAAAAUGGAUCGGCAAACAAGAAAUGAUUUCAUUCGUGCGAAUUUUGUCAAAAUAUUUACUCUUACACCGCAGCUUAUGGAAUCAAUCAGAAAACACAGUUUGGCAGCCGAACAAAGUGCAAUGAGUCUUGAGCCGUCGUUGAAUGAUCAAAUGGGAAAUCUCGAAAAUGAACCCAUCGAGGAACCCACCACCGAUGCGAAUGUGAAUAACGGAUUGAUAUCAAGUAACCAAGCCGAAGAUCAGCCCGUUGAACAAGUGAGCAACAGUCGGAAUGGGGAAUCCGUUCAAAAUGCUGCAGAUCCAAUCGAACUGCUUUUGCAACCAAAUGCGUCAAUUCAACCAGAGCAACGGACAACAAUUUUGGCGGCUAUUCGACACAUUUUACACGAUGACAUACACAUUUUGAAGGAAACUGCACACGACAGCUGGGUUUGUGUGCACAACAUGUCGAAAGGAAAAAAAUCACCACCAAAAGUCAUAUUGUAUUGUCCGCACCCAGACUUUGAAAUAGUUCGAUUCCACGAAAACGAAAAGGCACAAAUUGAUACUUUGUUCAAAAUGGUCAAGGGCAAAGCACGAAAUGGUCUCGCAUCUUACAAAUGCUCAAAAGCAAAUUCGCCACAAGAUCAGUUUUUUUUCGUGUUGGUGUUUGCUUUAUGCAUUGUCAUGGGACAAUCGGUAGAUAAUGUAGAUAGUGGUCUGCGCGAUAAUGCCGAAAACGUUCGCAAGUUGAUUGUUAAAUCAUUGUUGGAUCGUGCAUUGCCGUCUGAUGCAUCGAACAAAGACAUUUGGUUACAGCCCGUGUCAAUCAAUCGAGAUGCAAAUGGACCGAUUGCAGAAUCAAACUUUAGUAGCGAAUCAAACAUCGAAAUGAGCAUGGACAACGAAUCGGUUCCAGACGAUGCAGUAGGAAAGAGAGAUGCCAUCAAACAGCUAUUGCAGUCAAGUGAAUUGUCACCAGCAAAACGGGAAUUCAUUGUGUCAACUGCAAAUCGUAUGUUACCCGAAAAUAUUCGGAUUUUGCGGGACUCUGGUCAUGAUGGUUGGGUUUGUGUCCAUUAUGAUCCGAACGAAAUCGAUGAAGAAAAAACACGAGUUUAUGUCUACUAUCCGUACUCGAAAUUCGAAAAUAGUAAAUUCAAGGAAGAAGACAAAGACAAGAUUGUUGAAUUGUACGAGAAGCCAGGCUUUAAUCCAUUAGAAGUGACGGCAUAUCGACAAAUCUUGGAAAAUGUCCGUAACGUUAGUCGGAAAGAUGCAUUAGUGUUCACACUUGCAUCGGCAUUUUCCAUUGCCAUGGGACAAAAGAUGGAUGCAUUCAAAACUGCUUUGGGCGUCAAUAAUAGCACCGAGCAUGUUCGCAAAGUGGUUGCUGGAAUACUACUAAAAGGUGCAACACUUGAUACUACCAAUGCAAACGUUUGGAUUCGCUCAUGAAUCACUUUUAUUAUUCACGCAAUAUUUAUUCAUUGGGAAGAUGGUCAACGUCAAUAAUUGUAAAAAAAAAUUAUUCCUUGAGAUUGAGAGUCAUGGGCUCCAUUCUUUAUGCUAAUAUCCGCUAAGAUUAAUUUUUUUUUUCAUAUAAAUCAGUUUUACAAAAGAGCCGAAUUAAAAAUACAAAAAAAAAAUGUUAGGCUGUAAGCCACUCAUAUUUCAGUUUUCGAAUAAAAGAUUUUCAUAAAAUUGUUCA